AUGGCGAAUCUAAUACCCAAGAUCCUCCGAAGAACUUCGCCCUCUUCGAGCACAGUCGCGGCGGCACUGUACAAACCCUCUCCGCACUCGCCGACCUGCUCUCCGCUCACCGGCGCUGUCUUUACUCAGCGGCUCGGGCCCGACCUGCCGCCCCGGCCAAUUCCAUUCUUCGGCAUCGCGGCGGCGAAGAAACCAUCUCCUCCCUCGGGGUUCAUUUACCCUAGUUUCCCAUUUGGGCUCGGUUUAAACCCUAUUCCAGCUGCUGGGUUCGAUCUCGUUGAGACCGAGGAUGAGGCAGUUGAUCAUGACGACAAGACCUUCCGGGCUGAUAGCGUGAAGAAGAAGAGGAAGAAGAAGAUGAACAAGCAUAAGUACAAGAAGCUCCGAAAGCGUCUCAGGCGGAAGUCUAGGUCGUGA